CAGUUCAGCUUAGAACCUCUACUCUACUCUUUCGUGUGUUGUGAGUGUGCUUAACAAUCGGUGUCGAUCACGUUUGAAAUUCAUCUUCAUAUGUAAGCCGGGCAUUGCCAAAUGCCAUCAACGAGAACGCUUUUCUAGUGCAAAACAAAAUAAUAGACUGCAAUAGUGAAUAAUACUAUACAGUGUUGCGAAUCUCAGAGACUCUCGAGAUUUUUGCCAGACUUGAACCUUGUGCUUUGAAUGCUGCUGCUGCAAGUGCGCGAGAAACCCCUAAAAAAUUAGUCAACACGUGACUAAGCUCUGGUAUCAAUUAAGUGAUCUAAGCAACCUGUUUGCUCCUGAAUUUUCCCUUCUCAAUAACCUCAGACUGAACAUUGUCGACAUGGCUUUGCCACAAGGUGCCUUCGCAGCCUGCAAACUACGUGAGCAGUUCCAGGAACGUGACAUGAUCUUGUCCCGUCUACGGGCUGCCAACAAUGCUGAUAAGGCCGACAAUAAUACUCAACGCGAGUAUUUGCCGGUCAAAUACAACGAUAAGCUGAUGAAUUCCAUUUGGGGUCUCUACAAUCGCUACUCUCCCCCACAAUGUGAAGAAGAACGAGUUUGCCCCGCCCAAAUACUAAACAAAAAACAGGCGCAACAGCUCUGUUGCGCCGUCCUCGCCUUGCCACAAGGAUCCUGUGGCAUUGGCUGCUGCAACAAAUGGUUGCCAGCACACCUGCAUAUAUAAUCUCAAUAUAUACUCACCUAUAUAUACACACACAUAUAUUCAAUUAUUAAAUUCCAAAACAAGGCCAAUUUGCAUCAUUCGCAUCUAUGUAAAAUUCAAUAAAUACUCUUGAUAUGAUAAAUAAAUUAAGUAUACGAAGCGUAAAA